AUGCUGGAUAGUACAAAUGUUACCUAUUCUAAUUGGCUAGAGGGUCGGCCAGCAAACUCUAGUGAUGUUAAAUGUGUUGAAAAGCAAUCGGAAGAUAUGACCAGAUUAUCGACUGAAGUUGACAAUAAAAGACAAGUAAUUGAUCUGGAAAAUUUAAUAUUGGAAACCAGAGAAAACCUACAAGAUAAAUUAGAUAAACAACAAGAUAAACUAAAUAAUCAAAAAGAUCAAAUAGAUAAACAAUCAUACACAAUUGAUAAUCAAAAAAUUCAACUAGAUACACGAAAAAUUCAACUAGAUAAAUUAGUAGCAAAUCCCGUUCCCGUUGGUUUUAUAUACACCCAACUAUCGGGUCAACCCGAACCAUCCGAUAUAUGGCCACAGGUUAACUGGCUUGAAGUGACCGCUGAUUAUUCUGAUCUGUUUUUCCGGGCCGAGGGUUCGGGUUCGGCCGUGUUUGAUUAUUAUAUUGAAUGUGACGACAAAUGUCCGGACGGUUGGGUUGAAUAUGACGAUCAACUAAAGUGUAUCAAAAUAAUCAACGAUUUCAUAGAUACAUAUAGUUCAGCUGUGGACAAGUGUGCAAAACAAGCUCCGGGAUCAACACUGUUGACAAUACAUACAGAAGCUGAACAAAACUUUUUGAAUGAUUUGCUAUAUGUUAAACAUAAAUUGCUAACCUGGAUAGAUAAUAGCACAGUUAGCUAUACUAAUUGGAUAUCUGGUCGACCGCAUAAUGUUAGUGAUGUUGAAUGUGUUGAAAUGCAAUCGGAUCCCCCGGGUAAAUGGGAUGAUAUAGCUUGUACUAAACAUAACAUGUUGGUUUGUCAACAGUUACAAUCGUCACCAGUUAUUGAAUUAAAAAAAUUAAUUGAACAAACUAGAAAAGAAUUACAGGAGCUUAGAACUAAUUAUACUAAACAGCAAAAUCAACUAGAUAAAAUUACUAGUAACUAUACUAGACAACAAAUAGAAUUGGAUAAACUAGUAGCCAAUCCCGUUCCCCUAGGUUUUAUAUACGUACAACUAUCGGGACAACCUGAACCAAGUCAACUAUGGWCACAGUCACCCAAAAUUAAAUGGCAAGAUGUUACCCCAGAUUAUUCGGGAUUGUUUUUCCGGGCCGAAGGUUCGGGUUCCGCCCAGUUUGGUCAGAUACAGGCGGCCAACUCAAGCCGAUUAGCUGCUGUUCAUACAGAUUCGUGUAGUAUAAGUGGUUGGAGUGGAUGUCAAAAUUUGUUGUACUCAAUACCUGAGUCCGGUUGGAGUGAAAAUUUAGUUCAAAAAGAUUUUAAUGGUGUCAUGUAUUUCUAUAUGACUUCGGGUGAGAAUAGGCCACGAAAUACAGCCAUCAAAAUAUUUAAACGCAUCGAAUGA